GGGCUGCGGGGCGCAGAGCGUGUGGUGCGGAACUGCGGAGCGGGGCGCUGUGCGCCGAGCGGGCGUCGUCGCCGUCUUCCGGUUCCGGCAGCCCUCUUGGCCUCUCAGCUACUGUCUGGCUCUUAGCAUUUCACGGUGAACCCGGGAUCUUGUACUUUCAUCGGGCCCCGGAAGAGCCGCAGGAGCAUGCAUGAACUGCAACUGGCUCAUGCACCAAAGUCUCACUGGCAGAGUUACAACAUCUGCCCUGAGGUGAUGAGAAGGUUUUUGUUACUCUACGCGACACAACGGGGCCAGGCAAAGGCUAUAGCAGAAGAAAUAAGCGAGCAGGCUGUGGCCCACGGGUUUUCUGCAGAUCUUCACUGUGUUAGUGAGUCAGAGAAGUAUGAUCUGAAAACUGAAUCUGCUCCUCUGGUGGUGGUGGUCUCCACCACAGGCACAGGGGACCCGCCUGACACAGCCCGCAAGUUCGUUAAAGAGAUCCAAGACAAGACGCUGCCAGCUGACUUCUUUGCCCACCUGCGAUAUGGACUGCUGGGUUUGGGUGACUCAGAAUACACAUACUUCUGCAAUGGAGGGAAAAUAAUAGAUAAACGACUUCAAGAACUUGGAGCCCAACAUUUCUAUGAAACUGGGCACGCUGAUGAUUGUGUAGGUUUAGAACUUGUGGUAGAGCCUUGGAUCACUGGGCUCUGGGCUGCUCUUACGAAGCACUUUCAGACAAGCGGAGAAGAGAUGAGUGAGGCUCUCCCACGGCCAUCGAAUGCCUCUGCGACCGCACAUCCUGGGAAGUUGGAGCACAUCGAGUCACAAGUUGAGCUUCUAAGAUUGGAUGAUCCAGUAAGGAAGGAUGCCGAGGUUUUGGAAGAACAUGAUGUGAAUGGGAGUCAGUCAGGCGAUCUGACUGCAGACCUAGAGUCCUCCCUUGUCCACUCAGCACCUCCACUUUCACAGGCCUCUCUGAGCAUUCCUGCUUUGCCCCCAGACUAUCUGGAGGCUCAUCUUCAGUCGUCUCCUGGCCAGGAGGAAAGCCAAGCAUCUGUGGCCUCAGUGGAUUCAGUUUUUCAAGUUCCAAUUUCAAAAGCAGUUCGGCUUACUGCAAGUGAUGCCGUCAAAAUCACUCUCCUGCUAGAGCUGGACAUUUCUAAAAUUGAGUUUUCCUAUCAGCCUGGAGAUUCCUUCAGUGUGAUCUGUCCAAACAGUGCUUCUGAGGUACAGAACCUGCUGCAAAGGCUGCAGCUUGCUGAUAAGCAGGAAUGCCGCGUCACCGUGAAAGUCAGGGCGGACACGAAGAAGAAAGGCGCCACCUUACCCCAGCAUGUGCCCGACGGAUGUUCUCUCCAGUUCCUUCUCACCUGGUGUCUUGAAAUACGAGCACUUCCUAAAAAGGCGUUUUUGCGAGCGCUCGUGGACUGUACCAGCGAUGCUGCAGAGAGGCGGAGGCUGCAGGAGCUGUGCAGUAAGCAAGGGGCAGCUGAUUACAACCGAUUCAUCCGCGACGCCGGUGCCUGCCUGCUGGACCUGCUUUUCGCCUUCCCGUCCUGUCAGCCACCACUCAGCCUGCUGCUCCAACAUCUUCCUAAGCUCCAACCAAGACCAUAUUCAUGUGCAAGCUCAAGUUUAUUUCAUCCAGACAAGCUUCAUUUCGUUUUCAACGUGGUGGAGUUUCCCUCGGUCCUGCGGAAGGGCGUGUGCACGGGCUGGCUAGCCUCACUGGCUGCCCCACUUCUUCAGCCAGACUUGGAAGCCCCUUGUGGAGACAGCGGAGUGGACCUGGCUCCCAGGAUCUCCAUCUCUCCUCGAGCAACAAAUUCUUUCCGCUUACCAGAUGACCCUUCGGUCCCCAUCAUAAUGGUGGGGCCAGGAACGGGCGUGGCGCCCUUCCUCGGCUUCCUUCAGCACAGAGAGAAACUUCAAGAACAACACCCGCAUGGAAAUUUUGGAGCAAUGUGGCUGUUUUUUGGCUGCAGACACAAGGACAGAGACUAUUUGUUCAGAGAAGAGCUCAAACGGUUCCUCAAGCAUGGGAUCCUGACUCACCUGAAGGUCUCCUUCUCCAGAGACAUCCCUCAGGGGGAGGAAGAGGCCCCAGCAAAGUAUGUGCAGGACAACCUCCGGCUUCACAGCCAGCAGGUGUGCAGGAUCCUCCUUCAGGAGAACGGCUCCAUCUACGUGUGUGGAGAUGCCAAGAAUAUGGCCAGGGAUGUGAAUGACACCCUGGUGGAAAUCAUGAGCAGAGAGGCUGGAGUUGACAGACUGGAAGCAAUGAAAACGCUGGCUUCUCUAAAACAGGAACGACGCUAUCUGCAGGAUAUUUGGUCAUAAAACCAAAUACUAAAAGACAGUUUUACUGAAAGGAUGAUAAAUUUUUUUAAAACAUCUCUUGAGAGCGGUUGGGCAGGGAACAGCAUAGCAAACCUCCUGGUGCCAUUUCACAUGCCUCUGACCUACCCCAUCCCUGUCUGCAGCCCUCAUCCAGCACUGUGGGCUCCCUAGGAGGACAGGCUCCCCAGGGGGACAGGGCAAUCACUGCUGCUUACCCGUGUCCUUGCACAUCAUGGAAAAUCUGUAAAAGUAACUUAUCUUUCUGUGAUGUACACUCAGAAUAUUCAUAUGGAUAUAUUUAAAUUAUACAUGUAAAGCAUAAUUUUUGCAUGUUCAUGUAAGAUUCAAUGCGAUUUAUUAUCAGUUAUAUUUCUGGUAUAUUGUCAUUGUAAGGUAAUCUUUAUAAGGAUUUUGUGCUACUAGAAAUGUAUUUUGAAAUUCUACUCUAUUUUUAUCACAAAUAUUUUUAAUAUCACAGUUUACUCAGUUUACAGAAGACAUCAUGUAUAUGUUUUAGUCAUGUUCCAGUGUUUUUCCUCAAAGAUUUUCAUUUCUGCGCCCAUUGAUUUUAUUUAUUUAUUUUUUUGGUCUUUUUGAGACAGGGUCUCCCUGUGGCCCUAGCUGUCCUGGAACUCACUGUGUAGAGCAGGCUGGACUUGAACUCACAGACAUCCGCCUGCCUCUGGCCUCCUGAGUGCUGGGAUUAAAGGUGUGCGCCACCAUGCCUGGCCUGUUGAUGUAUUUUUUUUAAGUUUUCUCAAAUAAUUUAUUUGACUUCGGUGGUAGCAGGCAAAUUGAUCGUAGCUAUAAAAUACUGACUUCACUGAGUCAGAUUUCAGGUACAAGUUCUCUCUUGAAAGUUGGGAAGGUAGAAAAGUGGGUAGAGGGCUCUGCGUUUGCUGCUUGCGGCUGACACCUGACCUGACAAAGCCUGGUAUGCUGUGGCUCAGAGCUCAGUGCACAGUGGUCAUGGUGGGGAAGCCAUGGCUGCAGGAGCUGGAAGCAGCUUGUCAUGUGACAUCCCAGUCAGGUGGUGGGGUGGGGAGGAGUGCUCAGCUGGCUUCCUCUUGAUGCAGUCCAGGACCCCGGCCCUUUAGUUAACCUAAUGUAGAUAGCCCCUCAGACAUGCCAGAAAUGUGUCUCCAGGUGAUUCUGGGUCCUGUCAAGGUGACAGUCAGCGUAAGCCAUCACAGGUACAAUAAACCUUUCUACUAAAUCUAGUAUAGUGUCUCAUUGAAUAGUUUGACAGUUAAAAAACAAAUCUCUACCUGUCAAAGUCAUUUUGAGAAAGAAAGAUCUGAAGAAGAAAUAAAAGUCUCAAGAUGUGAUGAGG